AUGUAUACUUCAACUCUUCUUCUCACCCUCGCUGCAUCUGCGACUGCUCACAUCGCCUCUUGGAACAAGGGCAUGUACUGCAAGGGCGGCAACGAUUCCUCCGUCGAUAACGCAAACACCAACCUCGCCGUAAACCCUCUCUACGACCUCCCCAAGUCCAAAUGGUGGAUGCAAGCCGACCGCGGAUACGACGUUGUUCCUCCUCCCAAGGGCGAAUUCCUCGAACUCCCAGCUGGAAAGUCCUUCAUGACCGAACUCGCCAACAACCGCGCCUUCACCACGCUUUCGUACAACGGAGACUUGACUACUGAUUGGCAAGACGGCAAGAACCGCUCUGUGUCAUGGAGAGGUCCUGAAGGUGGCUGUCUUAUGGACGGUGGUGAUGGAUCUGGUGGAGAGUUGCACACUAAAAAUAUUGAGUCAACUGGUGGAACAGCUUGGGCUAUUUCGUAUGAGAGUGAUAUCAGCAAGGUUAUCAUGGAUAAUCUUGUUGUGUUCUCAGUGCGAUACUAUUCCCCUUUCUUUCGCGAGACUUGGUAUGACGUUCCUGCCGAUAUGCCCGAGUGUCCAGAGGAGGGCUGCUACUGUGCCUGGCUCUGGAUCCCAGAUGGAUGCGGCCAGUCGAACAUGUAUAUGCAGAACCAUCGCUGCAAAGUUACUGGUAGCACUUCAACCAAGAAGCUAGGCAAGCCCAAGCCUGCCGUAUACUGUCGCGAUAACCCUACCAAGUGUGUUCCUGGUCCUAAGCAGAUGAUGGUCUGGAACCAAGCUGAAGGCAACAACGUCAACCCUCCUGAUGGUAAGACGCCGACUUACAAUCAGCGAAUGGGUUUCAUGGACGGUGCUCAAGAUGACAUAUUUACUACUGAGUAG